AACAUUUAUUUCUUCCCACACAUCCUUUUCUUCAUCUAGGCCAUAGGGUACCCCCACCCACUCGUGUGCAUCUUCUCCCUCCAUUAAUGCUCCUUCCUUCACAAUUCACACUUAAAAAAAAUCUCUUUUUUUUUUCUCACCCUCUAUAUAUUUACCAUUUUCAAUAUUCAAUAUACUAUCAAAUACAUACAUAAAUUAAUAUUAAUAUACCUAUACUUUUUUUAGAAGUAUAUUUCAAUGGCUUAUUUCCUCUUCUUCAUCAUCUUCAUCUUCUUCCUCUUCCUCCUCCUCCUCAGAAAACUCCGUUACGCGAGACUCCAGCUACCACCGGGGAGUCUCGGUUUACCGUUCAUCGGAGAAACUUUACAAAUGAUAUCAGCAUACAAGAGUGACAAUCCAGAGCCAUUCAUCGACCAGCGAGUGAACCGGUACGGUUCAAUCUUUACUAGUCAUGUUUUUGGUGAACCGACAGUUUUCUCUGCUGACCCGGAAACAAACCGAUUUAUUAUUAUGAAUGAAGGGAAGCUUUUUGAAUGUAGCUACCCCGGUUCAAUAUCAAACCUUCUUGGAAAACAUUCAUUGCUUCUUAUGAAGGGUUCUCUUCACAAGAAAAUGCAUUCUCUCACUAUGAGUUUUGCUAAUUCGUCUAUUAUUAAGGAUCAUCUUCUCUUUGAUAUAGACCGGCUCAUCCGGCUCAACUUGGAUUCUUGGUCCGACCGGGUUCUUCUCAUGGAGGAGGCUAAGAAGAUAACAUUUGAGUUGACAGUUAAACAGCUGAUGAGUUUUGAUCCAGAUGAAUGGACUGAGAGUUUAAGGAAAGAGUACAUGCUUGUAAUUGAAGGGUUUUUCACUCUCCCAUUUCCUCUUUUCUCUACCACCUACCGUAGAGCCAUCAAGGCAAGAACAAAGGUGGCAGAGGCACUGACACUAGUAGUGAGGCAGAGGAGAAAAGAGAAUGAAAUAGGCAUAGAGAAAAAGAAUGACAUGCUUGGAGCAUUGUUGGCAUCUGGUGAACAGUUCUCAAACGAGGAAAUAGUUGAUUUUAUGUUGGCUUUGCUCGUUGCUGGUUAUGAAACUACUUCUACAAUUAUGACUCUUGCCAUCAAAUUUCUCACUGAAACUCCUUUAGCCUUGGCACAACUCAAGGAAGAGCAUGAGCAGAUAAGAGCAAGGAGUGAGCCAGAGGCAGCACUGGAAUGGACAGAUUACAAGUCAAUGACAUUUACUCAAUGUGUUGUGAAUGAGACCUUAAGGGUUGCAAACAUAAUUGGUGCCAUAUUUAGGAGAACAACCACAGACAUCGACAUAAAAGGUUACACAAUUCCUAAGGGAAUGAAGGUGAUUGCAUCAUUUCGUGCUGUGCAUUUGAAUCCUGAACAUUUCAAAGAUGCUCGCACCUUCAAUCCAUGGAGAUGGCAGAAUAAUAACUCAGAAGCUGUAGCAAGCCCUGGGAGCAUAUUUACACCAUUUGGAGGAGGGCCAAGGUUGUGCCCAGGCUAUGAGCUUGCCAGAGUUGUUCUUUCCGUCUUCCUUCACCGCAUGGUUACUCGCAUCAGUUGGGUUCCUGCUGAAGAAGAUAAGUUGGUGUUUUUUCCAACCACUAGGACGCAGAAGAGGUAUCCUAUUUUAGUGAAGCGCAGAGAAGAAUCUACAAGAUCAUGCAUUGGAUUUGGAUACACAACAGACACGGGAAGGAAAAAAGAGAGCUGAGUGUGUAGAUCAGUUUAAGCAGUUCAAAUUGAUUCUAUAUAUAAAUAAAAUAAACAAUAAUAAUCAAUAAAAAUUUAUCUACCAGUUUAGAAAUUUGUAGAUGAUCAA